AGAGACUUAAAAGCCCUCCGCGACCACGCCCAAAACUCUCCCCUCCGCGUAAUAGCCCACAUCGACCUCGACGCCUUCUACGCCCAAGUCGAAAUGGUCCGUCUCCUCCAGCCCCCACACCUGCCCCUCGCCGUCCAACAAUGGCAAGGCCUCAUCGCAAUCAACUACCCCGCCCGCGCAUACGGUAUUCAACGACACAUCACCGUCAAGGAAGCCUUGGAGAAGUGUCCAGAGUUGAAGCUGGUACAUGUACAGACUUGGAGAGAGGGUGAUACGGAGCCGGGGGAUUGGGAGGCGCCGGAGGUAGGCACGCAUAAGGUUAGUUUGGAUCGGUAUCGGAGGGAGAGUGCGAAGAUCUUGGGCAUAUUUCGGGAGCGAUGUGAUAGGGUGGAGAAGGCCUCUAUCGACGAAUCAUACCUCGAUUUGUCAACCCUUGUUUAUGAAGCUUUGUUGGAGCAGUACCCGCAACUCCGACACCCACCACAAGAUCUGAACACGCCAUUACCACCCGCGCCGCCCACCAUCUUCGACGAAGAAAACCACGGAAAGAUAAUUGACAUCAAUAAUUCCCAAGUGGAAGAAGAAUUACCCUCAGACUGGUCCGACCUCUCACUCUCCCUCGCCGCGCUCCACAUCACCUCCAUCCGCAACCAGAUCCGAACACAACUAGGCUACGACACAAGCGCCGGCAUCGCCCGGAACAAAAUGCUCGCCAAGUUGUGUUCGUCGACGUAUAAACCGAAUAUGCAGGCUGUGCUUAGAGAAGGCGUGGAGGGGUCGUUUUUGGGGGGCUUUCGGUUCACGAAGAUUAAGAAUUUGGGCGGCAAGUUGGGUGCGAAACUCGUCGAAAUCUACAAAACUGAACAAGUGUCCGACUUACUCAAGGUACCUAUCGACGAUCUAAGAGCGAAAUUGGGACCAGAGACAGGCGCAUGGUUAUGGCAAAUCAUUCGCGGUAUCGAUAACAGCGAAGUCAACAUUCGCACCGACACAAAAUCAAUGCUCUCCGCAAAGAAUUUUCGACCAUGUAUUAACACAACCGUGUCCGCGCACCGGUGGUUACGCGUACUUGCAGAAGAUUUGUCUUCACGACUCCUCGAGGACCCUGCACACCGUCGUCCUAAAACACUUACGCUUCAACAUAAAUCCGGUGGCGGAGUGUCCAAGUCUAAGUCGAUGCCUGUGUCGAAGGGGGGUGAGUUGACCGGGGAGAUGAUUUGGGGCAUGGCGGUGGGGUUGUUGAGGGGGGUGGAGGGCGAGGGUCGGUGUUUUCCUUGUGCGCUUUUGGCGGUGGGGUUGAGUGGGUUUGAGGGGAGGGAGGAGGGGGUGCAGGGGAUUGCGGGGUUCUUGGUGAAGGCGCAA